CACUCCGUCGCACACCACGCACGGGCAGUGAGCGCGCGCUGAGGUUCUGUGAGGGGAAACUGCAGGAGUCCCGACGCUCUCUCUCUCUCUCUCUCUCACACACACACACACACUCUCACGUGUGUAACGGAAGCUCGGUAAACUCUCUCUCUCACACACACACACACACACACUGUAGUUUCUGCUACCCGACACGCGGCGGUUCUCACUGUGACUCCGCAGGUUUUCCUGUCAGUCAGUCAGAGUUAGCUUUGUGCUAACGGGACCGCGGCGCGCGACAUCCUGACGCAGUGUGUGUGAAGUUCUGAAGUUCCGCUGAAACCGAGCCGAGUGUAACCCGGGCCGCAGGAUGUUCAGCUGGGCGAAGCGGGAGGGGAAGCGGAAGGACCCGGAGGUGAUCCAGUCGGUGUCGGAGGAGCUGAAGCGGCUGUACCGGACCAAACUGCUGCCGCUGGAGGAGGCGUACCGCUACCACGACUUCCACUCCCCGGGCCUGGAGGACGCGGACUUCGACAACAAGCCCAUGGUGCUGCUGGUGGGUCAGUACUCCACCGGAAAGACCACCUUCAUCCGACACCUGCUGGAGCACGACUUCCCCGGGAUGCGGAUCGGACCCGAGCCCACCACCGACUCCUUCAUCGCCGUCAUGCACGGGGACCAGGACGGGCUCGUGCCCGGGAACGCGCUCGUGGUGGACCCGAAAAAACCCUUCAGGAAACUCAACGCCUUCGGGAACGCCUUCCUUAACAGGUUUGUGUGUGCCCAGCUGCCUAACCCUGUGCUGGAGAGCAUCAGCAUCAUCGACACGCCGGGAAUCCUGUCUGGAGAGAAGCAGAGGGUCAGCCGAGGUUACGACUUUGCGGCAGUGCUGGAGUGGUUUGCCGAACGAGUGGACCGAAUCAUUCUGCUGUUCGACGCCCACAAGCUGGACAUUUCUGACGAGUUCUCGGAGGUGAUCCGCGCUCUAAAGAACCACGAGGAUAAAAUGCGCGUGGUUCUGAACAAGGCCGAUCAGAUCAGCACGCAGCAGCUCAUGCGUGUGUACGGCGCCCUCAUGUGGUCCCUGGGUAAGAUAGUGAACACUCCCGAGGUGCUGCGUGUCUACAUCGGCUCGUUCUGGGCGCAGCCGCUCCUGGUGCCGGACAACCGUCGCCUGUUUGAGGCCGAGCAGAACGACCUGUUUAAAGACAUCCAGAGUCUACCUCGCAACGCCGCGCUGCGCAAACUCAACGACCUCAUCAAGAGGGCGCGCCUCGCCAAGGUGCAGGCAUACAUCAUCAGUGCCCUAAAAAAGGAGAUGCCGAACAUGUUUGGGAAGGAGAAUAAGAAGAAGGAGCUGAUCAGUAAUCUGGGAGAGAUUUACACCAAGAUCGAGAAGGAGUAUCAGAUCUCUCCUGGGGAUUUCCCUAAACUCUCUAAGAUGCAGGAGCUGCUCGGGUCUCAGGACUUCACCAAGUUUCAGGCUCUGAAGCCGAAGCUGAUAGAUUGUGUGGACGACCUGCUGGAGAACGACAUUGCGAAGCUCAUGACGCUGGUGCGGCAGGAGGAGUUGGCCGCGCCCACCACCGAGGUGAAGGGCGGGGCAUUUGAGGGCACAUUUACGGGGCCUUUCGGUGGAGGUUACGGAGAGGGCGUGUCCGAGGGCGUCGACGAGCUGGAGUGGGUGGUGCAGAAGGAUAAGCCCACUUACGACGAGAUCUUCUACACGCUGUCGCCCGUCGACGGUAAAGUGUCGGGCGCCAUGGCCAAGCGCGAGAUGGUCAAGUCCAAACUGCCCAACAACGUGCUCGGAAAGAUCUGGAAGCUCGCUGAUGUUGACGGAGAUGGUUUCCUCGACGAUGACGAGUUUGCCUUAGCUAAUCACCUGAUCAAGGUGAAGCUUGAAGGUCAUGAAUUACCUGCAGAGCUGCCUGGUCACCUGGUGCCUCCAUCCAAGAGAGUUUAGUAGCUCUCACACCCGCAGUCUGUCUAAACCACUGAGCCCUCGACCCCACGCCCUGACGACCUCGACACCACGCCCCAGACCAUUUAAGCCCUUAACCCUAAACUACUAAUCACGAAGCCUUAAAACACUAACCUAUGCACCCUAAGCCCUACACCUUUAAGCACUAAAACCAAACGGAGAUCAGACCUACAUGUGUUCGUUUCCCUGCAAACUUAACACUAAGUGAAGUGUGUUAGCAUUGGCAAUAGCAUUAGCAUUAACAUUCUGAUUAACUGCAGAAGUAAAAUAAGCACCUGGGAGUUUAUUACCAUUUCUGUUUUGACCAACACACACACACACACACACACACUCACUGCUCACUGGUAUUUUGUACUUAAUUAUUUACAUUACUACAGUGCUAUGUUUAUUUUAAAUUAUAGGUUUUACACUACAGAGUUGAGGUGUGUGUGUGUGUGUGUGUGUGUGUGUGGUCUAUAGAGCUAAUUUCAUGUUAUUAUUUCUAAGUAUGUUCAGCUUCUAAUAAAAUAAAGAUUUAUCAUGACCUGA